AUUACCAAUAAAUAAUUAAAAAAACAAGUACGAAACGAAGAAGGCAUAAUUAAACGAUAGGGGAAAUUUAUAGUUGGAAAUAUUCAAGACACCAAGACACGAAGAAAAUAUAUCAAUAUAUUUAUCCAAUGAAAAAAACGUUCACAGCUUCGAAUUUUUGUAGGCAAUUGUUGAAGGCAGAUUAGGCAGUUAACUACGUGGGCAUUAGUAAUGUUGUAGGUAUACAUUUUCUAGAGAGCAUAUAGAGCUGUUAAUAUUAAUGUUUGUAAACGCAUUUGAAGAAGUUGGCGCGCAUUUUUUGAACAAGUUGAGUAAAUUGGCGGAAAACAUUUUUUCGGGACUACCGAAAAAAUUGGAUCUAUCCAAUUAUUUUAGCCCAAGUUGAACAAUUGGCUGAAACCAAUUUUUUUGACGCCAAGUUGAACAAUUGGCUAAAGCCAAUUUUUUCAUCGCCAGUUAAAGAAUUGGUUGAAACUAAUUUUUUUAGCUCAAGUUUAAAAAAUUGGUUGAAAUCAUUUUUUGGUCGCAACUGAAACAAUUGGCUCACACUAAUUUUUUUUAGCUCAAGUUGGAAAAUUAGGUAAAACCAAUUGCUUACGCCGAAGUUGUAAAAUUGGUUUGAAACCAAUUUGUUUCUAGCAUUUAGAAAAAAUUGGCUGAUACCAAUUUUAUUACUCAAAUCGCAAAAAUUGGCUAAACCAAUUGUUUUGUUCACCGCAAGCUCAAAAAAUUGGGUAAAACCAAUUGUUUUCAACCUUCAGUACCACCAAGCCAAAAUUUUCUACAGAGAUAACGUAUCAAAAAUAUUCAGGACCGAAAAGAAAAAAAAAAUUCAUACAAAUCACACAAAAAACUUGCAUAUCUGUGAACAAUUAAGCUUUAAGAAUCGAUAAAUCGUGAGAACAAUAAAGAAAACGAGCAAUUAAACAAUGGCAACGAGAAAAAAAGUACUUCUGGGCUGCACCGGAAGUGUUGCAACGAUAAAACUACCCUUGCUAUGUCAAAAAUUACGCGACCAUAAUAUCGACGUGAAGAUUGUGGUGACAGAGAGGGCAAAGCACUUUCUGAAGGACGCAGAAUUUCCCCAGGACAUACCUGUCCUGUCCGACACUGUGGAGUGGGCUGCAUGGCAGGAUCGUGGCGAUCCUGUUCUGCAUAUCGAUCUUGCCAAAUGGGCUGAUUUAUUUCUCAUAGCACCACUCGAUGCCAAUACUAUGGGAAAACUAGCUUCCGGCAUUUGUGAUAAUAUACUCACCUGCGUUGCUAGAGCUUGGGAUCCUGUUAAGCCCCUGCUAUUCUGCCCUGCCAUGAACACUAAAAUGUGGGAGCAUCCUGUUACUGCACCUCAGGUGGCUCUACUCAAGUCCUGGGGAUACAGAGAGAUUAGUUGCAUCACUAAGACACUUAUGUGCGGUGAUACUGGUGUUGGAGCUAUGGCUGAAGUAGACACUAUCGUCCAUACAACGCUCAGAUCCCUCAACCCCUGGGAUCCAUACUCACCGUCUGAUUUACGUCAUAAGAAGUAAUUGGACUAUUUAAUCAAUUCAAGGGAGGGAUUACGAAGAAAAAAAAAUAAUAGGGAAAAUUUAAGACAAUGUUACUCGUGUGAAGCACUACCUGUAUGAGAAUAAAAUCGAAAUUGUGUUUGUAACA